UUUUUUUUUUAUUUAAACAUAUCCCCUACUUACAAUAUGAAUAUUACAAUUAACAGUGAUGAAUUUCAACUUAUUCACUCAACUAUUGAAGAAAGCAUGGACGCAAUAAAAACAAUUGAGAAAAACUUUGUUACAUUUAUAAGAAAGGAUCAAAAUUCAAUAGCUUCACUACAUCAAAGAGUAGAAAGGGAUUUAACUAAACUAGCAGAACAAAGAAAAAAGUUAAAAUUAGAAAUAGAACGUACAUCAUUACAUAUUGCAGAAUACGAACAAAAGGCACCUGAUAUAAAGGACAACAAUUUACCCAUCUAUAUACAACAACUUAAAUUAAAAUCAGAUGCUCUAAUUCAACACAAUCACACAUUAGAAUCGAAACGAGAUCAAUUAAUAGCCACUUUACACAAAAAAAGAGAAGAAAUUGAGCAAAAUAAAUUAAACCAAGAGCAACAAGCACAACUAGUAAGUGCUGAACUAGAUGCAGAUAUACAAUGUACUCAAUUAGAUAUUGUUAAUACAGGAGAGGAUGAAAUUAAGCUUAUAUUUAGAUAUAUUAAUAAUGAAUAUCCUAAAAGACUAUAUUGCUGUACAAUCAAAUUCAAUGAAUCAAGUGGCUUAUAUUCAGUGACACAAUGUGAGCCACAGAUACCAACAGUUCAAUCACUUUUAGACACACUAAAUAAGAAUCGUGAUCUAUAUGCUUUCAUUAGACGUAUAAGAGCAGCAUUUAAAGAACUGUAAAAGAAAAUUUUUCAAUAAAAUGCGAGUUUGAAGAGCUCCUAAAUUGAGAAAAAUUCUGUAUCUAUCUUGAGGAAAAUCGAAGAACUAUUUACAUGUCUUGGGGGUUUUUUUUUUCUCUUUCUUUUUCUAUUUUUUUUUUCACCCAAAAAGAAAAUGAUAAUGGUAACAAAUGUUUAUGUGGAAAAUCUAACGUGAUCUUUCUCACUUUCACUCUUGAAGACGGCCGCUAGUAAUAAAAAAGCUUAGAAAGUCUAUAAGAAGCGGGAGAGAUCAAACUGAAUCUUCCACUUAUCUGCCUGUCGUUGAUUUAGAAAAGUCAACAAAAAUAAAUGCAAUUAAAAAAGGCUCUCUUUUUUCACAGUCACCUUAUUUUGAUGAAAAAAUAAAAAAUAAAAAGUAAAAAAAAAUAAAAUAAAAUAAAUAA